AUGCCGAUUGCUAAUCUGCACUUUGGCGUCUCUGUGGACGUUGUGGUGGCUCCAUCCAGCCAAACCACAAGUAAAUCAUUCACCACGAAGAAGGCAUGUGAUAAAAAACAAGCACAAAAUAACCAUAGAAAGAGUUUUGCUGUUGCUCCAGCUGACGGAUUUGGAGAAAUCGAGAAAGCCUUCGCAGUUUCCAAUCCACCCAAUGAACGUGGAUUUUUGUCAGGCAUUGGACCACCGAAAAUUUAUGUAUCUCCGCCAUGUUGCUUAAAGUCUGUUGCAGCAACUGAUAUUCGAAAUCACUUGUUGCCAUCUGUUGUUCGCAUUUGUGUUGAACUUUGUUUAAUUCGACAAAUUUCUAGUGAUUCUCGCAUCCAGCUUCGCUUUCGUGACUUAGGAACAAGUUGGUUGAAUCAGUGGAGGGCAUGUUCAGUGUGA